CAUCGCCGCGCAAGACGCGACAGGAAACGACGGGAGACAUGGCCAAGCACACGACUCAGGCGGCCUCUGAGCCCCCCAGAAAACGACAGAAGACCGACGCGACGGAGAGCGCACUGGUCUUCACUAGCGCGCAGGCGAUCCGGAAUGCCUUGCGCGCGUUCGAUCCAGACACUGUGACGCGAUCCUUGACUGCUUUGCGAAACCAGCUCACGAUCAAGCCAACCGAGGAGAAAAUCUCUACACAGGAUGCGAGGCUAGUGCUUGUGGAUGAGUUCCUGCAGCUUUCCCCUGGCGCUCAGGAUGUACUGCAACUAUGGGAGACUAGCAAUCCACGUCAACCCCAGCUCCCCGCACUAUGCUGCUCAGUGCUCGCCUGUAUGCUCACCUUGCUGUCUACCCACCUACCCUACCACGCUGCUGGGAUGCAGAUUGUACGAAACCUACUGCAAGAUCAAUGGAGCCGACGCCUAUUCGUUGCACUCUCGGGCAGCAGCAACGAUCUCAUCCUCGCCACCCUGAAGCUCGUGAAUGCGCUUGCCAACUUCGCCAGCGGGAGGGAGCGAAAAGCGGUAGUGGAGCUACUUCCCUGGGAGGGCAAGACGCUCCCCAAGCUGGUCAACAUGCGAAGGAGAAGCAAGUCAGGGGAGGACCUGGUGGAUGCACUCGUUCGGCCUGACAUCCGCACCCUCACCAUGCUUCUUAUCCUGUCACCGCUGACAUCCUCCUCUCCGUACAAGGCGGCGUUCCUCGAGCAACACAUCCCCGGCAUCGCACUUGCUCUGAAGGGCCUCCACCAAGAUCCACCCAGUGUCGUCAAGCAUGUUCUUGAAGUCCUCUGGGAGGGCUUGUGGUGCGAUCCGAAGGUCAAGCGGACGUUGAAGGUCGCCCUCUUCAACGAGACGACGAUGGGGCAUCUCCUCAAGCUUUACGACAACCCCUCCGACGAAACCCGCGAUGUUCUUCACCACUUCCUCCUCGCCAUCUGCACUCGCCCCGGCACAGGCGUCUGCUUCCGCGACCGUGGCUGGUAUCCCCGCGAAGACCUCUCCGACGCCGCUCUCCCGUCUACUUCCACCUCCGCCUCUACGCCUACCUCUUCCACCCUCAAAAUCCACAACCGCAUCCUCGCCUACCUCCUCAAGCACCUCAAGCCGAAUGAGGACCCCCGCCAGCACGAGCUCACCCUCCGCAUCCUCGCCGCGUGCCCCGAGCUCGUCACGGGCUACUGGGCCUCCGCGGGCCUCACCCUUGAGCCGCGCCUCAGCUCGCGCUGGCUAGUCAACAUCGCGCUCGCGGGCGAGAUCGUCUCGCUGCCCGUGCCGAAAGCGUGCUUUUACCUCGACGCGGAGCACGUGCUGCCCAACCCCUCCCCGCCGCCGCUGAACGCGAUCAUCGCUGCGACGCUACCCGGCGGGCCCGCGAUGAAGGCGCACUGGACGAAGGCGCUCCAGCAUGCGAAGCCGCUGGUGCAGCACGCUGCGGCGUUGUCGCUGGCGCGCAGUCUGGGAAAGUACGCGGCGGUGCUCGAGGCAUUUGAUGAGGUCGGGGCUGGAGAAGCGGACGAGGGCGAGGGUGCGUGGGCCGCGCGUCGUGCGGAGCUCGAGCGCGAGGUGCGGCGGCGCGUGCCCGAGUUCGGGGUCAUUGUCGGGCUGUCGAGGAUGGCGGAGGACGGGACCAAGAGCACCGACGGCGGCGACGCCCUCAAGAACACCGACGGGGUCAGCAAACCUCCGGCGAGGAAUCCUGCGCAGCGCGCGCUCCUCGGGGAAGCUGCCGCGCGGCUCAUGUGGCUCUACCACCGCGUCCUCCCCGGCGCGGUGCGCGAAGUGCGCGUCGAUGUCGGACGCGCGCUCGUUGGGAUGGGGGACGCAGCCGUGGACAGCCCGUCGGACGAAGAAGAUGACGGCGUCUCUGCGAAGCUGCGCGGCGUGCAGCAACUGCAUGUCUUGCGCCUACUGCAGGAAACGGAGGACUUCGCGUGGUGGUCGAAGCCCGCAGGAUCGGCACACACUUACUUCUCCCUCUUCUUGAAGGGGACGAGGACGGCUACCUUGUCGGCCACGCGUGUCGCGCUGCACGACCUUACAUGCCACCUCCUUGCGAAGAGCGUGCUUUUCCAAGACACGCCCAACGAGCCGGCGCUGUGGCUGGCUUGUCUACCUGCGCAGGCCGGCGAGCUCGACGCGGUCGUAUCCUUCCUCGACGACUGCGUCCAGCGGUGCUUGAAGACGCCUUAUCGCUACAUGGAUGACCUCCGGGCGCUCGCCUCGGCGGAUGCGGCCGACGAGCUUACGAGCCCCUUGCUUGCAACCGUGCUGGAGCAGGCGAAGCAUAAGGCGCCCACUCCUGCCCUCGCCACCUUCGUUCGCCGCUUGUUGCUCAGGCUGUCGACUACGUCGCUCCAUGCGCCCUCCUUGCUGCGCGUCGUGCAGGGGAGGUUGGACGAGAUAUGGAAUAAGGAGAGGCUGACGAAGGAGGGCGAGGAUGUGGCGAAGGCGGUGAGAAGGGAAUUGGGGGCGAUGAAGGCAUGCUUGGCGCGAGAUCUGCUAGGCAGGGAUGCGGAGAUGGAUGUGGAUGGAGAGUCGGACGAGCGAAUGAAGGCAGUCGAGGAAGCUGGAGACAGCGUUCCCUUCGAAUGGCUCCUUUUGAACACUGAGCUUGCGCAACUCCGCGACGCCGAUCAUCGACAGGCACUCGUAUCGAGCCUUUGUUCCAAGCCGUCUGCAUAUGACCUGCGAAGAGCAUUCUGCUUGGUCUUGCAGCAUCUCGAGUCCACAGAGGGACGCGUUGACGUGCGCGCGACGCUCUUGUACCUACUGGCCGACCUCGCGAAGACGUACCUUGCCUCGAUGUCGUCGCAAGAUUCGGCGGAUAUCGUGGCGUUCAUUAUGCAUGUUCCUGCGCUGUCGCAGAUCUGCACUAGCGUGUCGACCGGCUCGGAUGAGAGGGAAGCUCUGGAGCGACUCAUCGAGGGACUUCUUCCAUCAAGAGGAGAGCAGGUUAUUGUGUCCGAGAUCACCAUCUACUGGCUCAAUGCGCUGUCAAGCGCUUUUGAGAGCAAGGGCUUGACCGUAAACAUCAUUGCAUGCGCUUCGCCUUGGUUACCUUAUUUAUCGACGAGCAAUCUGGUCCAGCUCUUCGACCUCACCAUGUCCAAGCUCGGCACUUUGGAUCAGACCAUCAUUUCUACCCUCAUCGCCCGUCUCCUCGAUGUCAUUGGGCAGGCCCCUGAUGCCAGCUCGUCCAUCGACAUCAUCGCCGCACGCUCAGCCGAGCUACUAUCCUUACGGGCGACCUUCACCAACCGCGCCCUUCUCGACCGACUGCUCGUUCGCUCGGUCACCAGCAGCAUACCGCUGGGUGUGGACGGGAUCGUGCGGCGAGAAGCAGGCCUGCCCGCCCUCAUCCAAGAAGCUGAGCAACGCUGGCGCUCGCGCCAUGCUCCGCUGCCCGAGCUCUCCGCAGACGCAUUCCUCGGCGCCGACGACUGGGACGACUCGGUUGCGCGGAUCGUGUCCGGGAUGAUCUACAAGGGCAAACUGCCCGAGUCUACAUUCGUGCAGUGGCUGCAGUCCGACAAGCCCGCGUCGCUUUCCGUCGAACAUCUAGCGAUGGUCCUCGGCGCUUUCGCCGACUCGAACGGUACGGAGGUGGUGGGGCUUUGGGAUAGCGUUGCCUCCCAUGCCUCACGUGUGAUCAAGGCCAUCCUAAAGCCUGGCUGUCCUGCGGAAACGCGCAGGAAUGUGUCGACCAGUCUCCAGAGGUUGUUGAAGACCUUGUCGGCUAUUCCAAAAUCACUUUUGAAGAGCAUUGUCUCCGCCGUGCAGAAGCCGACUGCUGUGGUCACCUCUGACUUCCUGGGUAUAUUCGUGGACCUCGAUGUUUCUGACUCGGACGAUCUCCUCGCAGCGAUUGUUGAGCGGUCCACUCGCGAUCUUGUAGACCAUCUGGCGGAUGAACGGGCCGAGAUGGAGGAUGUCCGGGCAGUGACGCAUGUCUUGAAUGACCUCGUCGUCUGGCGGCCUUCCGUCGUCAAGACCCACUCCGUCGAGACCUUCUUGACCGCAGUUGUGCAGCAUGCGCUCGGCCUUCCCCACAUCCUGCAGCUGGCAGCCGUGCUCGCCAGACAUGCGUCGAUGAAGCCUUUCGUCGUGAACCGCAACAUUCAAGCUAUCGUCCAGAGUGCCAAGUUCCCCAGGGCCGCCAGCGUCACCUCGCCUUCUCGCGAGCCCCUCGUCCAUCUCCUAUACACCCUCUUCCAGUUGCAUCCGGGCAACACAUGCCAGAUCUCGCACGUCGAGCCCUUGCUGCAAGUCUACCGCGGGACGCUCUCCAGCGCAGAUCGUCGCAUCCUCGCCAUCUUCCAGCUCUUUGAGGCGGAACGCAGCACCCCGAUUACAUCCCUCAUCAGUCGGUGGUCCUCCGUGGGCGACUCAGCCUCUCAGACCGCGCUCGACGCCGUGCAGAGUUUGGACCCAAUCCUUGUUCUCCGCACCUGCCUGAAUUACCCGAAGUGGCGCGACCUUGAUACCCCUAUUGAGCAUCGGGCGUACUCAUGGGAGGAGCCGCUGUACGACCCUAUUUUCCUCGUGCUGCUCUUCGCGCAGAUGAUUCUCGAGUGCCCACCGGCAACGGCUCUGGCCUGGGUAGAGGUCUUCCGUACGAACAUCGUGUCGUUGUUGAUACGCAUGAUGUCGGCGAGGGAGAGCGAAGUACGUGAGCUUGCGGCGAACCAGCUAGCUUCGCUCUGGUUAUGUCUUGAGAGCGCGGACAUGCAAGAAAAGGAUCAUGCUCUCUACGUCCUAUCGCUGCUCAAGGACGCACUCUCCGUGUUUGCCUGGUCCGAUGACGCGCCCAAGCGAUUGCCAACCUACACGACCCUCAUCCUCGCCCACGCUCUGCGCGCAAUCUUCUACCCUACCAACUUCAUCUACCCGCUGACCGCCCGCUUCUUGCUGCAACGACCCCUUCUCGACGUCGACGACGUACCGAUGCUGUACGGCAUGUUGUACAGCAGCGGUGAUGACUGGAAGAAGGAACGCGGGUGGAUCCUUAAGUUCCUCGCGGAUGGCAUGUGCGGCACGGACGACUGGCGAGUCUUCAAGCGGAGGCAUACGUGGGACCUUCUGGCCAGCAUGUUCCAGAGCGCCGGGAAGGAUAAGGCCUUGCGCUCAGGUGUUCUCGAGGUCCUGGCCAACCUGACUUGCGUCCCGCAAGCUGUGACCUCCUUGAUCAUCAAGUCCGGCCUCCUCUCAUGGAUCGAGAUGCAGACGCGUGAUGCUCGAGACGAAGAGGCAGUGGUCUGGGUCCGCAUACUCGAGAACUGCAUGACGCUUGCGGAUACCGGUCGCGUCGAGACGGCUACACAUGGCGAAUGGCGGAGUACGAUUUGCCGCUCCCUUACCUCCAUCGCGGAGGACACGCAUGUCGCGCAGAAACCACUGCCCUGGUUAUGUCGCGCGACCUUACGCUUGUCGUGCCUCCAGGGCCGUUCAGCAGAAGGCCUCUCGCGCUUAAUUCAGAGCACCCUGCGCGGGCUCCAGCGCUUGGAGACGCGCUUGGACCUUGCGUCAGAGCGCGAUGCUGUCAUCGUUGACCUACCUGCGCCGCCGCACCGUGCUGCGAGCUUACACGAAGCAUCUCCGAUGGAAGAUAAGGCGACCUGGGGACGCGCGGUCAAAGACUUGUGGCGCGCAGCGAUGCAGGCUUCUGAUGGCCACAACUGGGGUCCGCUAACCACUCGGCUCGUGCUCUGGAGGGGGCUGUCGCCUGCUGAAUCCGGUGUCGAGGGCGAGUGGGUGCGGAAGGAGACUUUGAGUUCUAUGAACCAGGUAGAUAUUCUGGGUGUAUGAUGUUGUUUGUAUGCGUAACCAAUAAGGUCUCUAGAGGCCAGCAUCCGCAAAUUCUUGCAUGAUCUUAACCUUCCG